AUGAGCAACUGCCUGCUAGAUCUGUUUUUCAUUCUUUUUUCUGUGGAUAUGGCUCUCAAAACUCUAAAGAUUUCUGGCAUUCAGGAACGGAUGGAUGAGACAUGCACAUUACCUACUAGGAGAGCUAAUGAUGUUUACCUGCAACCACUGCAGCAGCUUUAAAAGCAUUUCUCCAAGUUUACUUUUCAGUUUUCAACUUUUGAAUUUUCCUAACUUCAGGCUCGUCUUAGAAGCUACAGGAAGUGUGGACUCUACCUUCUAAUCCACAUUUUUUUCUUUCACUUGCUCAGCUGUCACUCUGUCACUGUCAUGAUAUCCCAUUCCCUCUUUCUAGGGUUUCAUAAUGCUUUGGGAUCUCUGCGAGGUCUCGUUCUCAUUCAGAAGCUAGGCUGAAUUUCAUCCCUCUGUUUAAAGAAUAAAGGGCAAUGAAAGCAGCUUCAGAGUUAGUACUACAUGUUUGUGGAGAGGAUGGGAGCUCAGUCAUACAGAACUUGGAAAUAAACUGAGCCUUAGCUGUGAGUUGUGCAACUUUUGUUGUUAGGGUUUUAUGUAUGAGUUGUAUUUGAUGCAUUGACCAUAAUCAUGGGAAAUGCAGCUGGAAGUGCUGAUAUUUCCCAGGGAAGGGAACUUAAGGAGACCACAAUAACCAGCCCGGAGUGUGCCGGGCCCCAGAAGCAAACGUCAGGACUGAAGCUUCCGAUGCCGCCUGAGAACGAGCUGGAGGAACGCUUCAACGCUGCACUGGACACGAUGAAUCUUCCUCCAGACAAAGUGCAGAUCCUCUCCCAAUACGACAAUGAGAAGAAGUGGGACCUGAUUUGUGAUCAGGAGCGGUUUCAAGUCAAGAAUCCUCCAUCUGCUUAUUUGGAGAAGCUGAAAGGUUGUUUGGAACAUGGAGGAGUUGGUUGGAAGUUUAAGAGACGUGUUCAAGAACUGACUCAGGUCCUCAGAGAGCUGGAGAUUUCCCUGAGGACCAAUCACAUUGGUUGGGCUCAGGAAUUCCUAAAUGAGGAGAAUCAGGGUUUGAACGUGUUGGUGAAGUAUCUCUCCGCCGCUCAAAGUACUGUUACGCCAGACAAGGAGACAUCUGAAAACGGGGCGCUGCCCUCAGAUAAAGGGAAGGAUGCAGACAAGUCAGUGGAAGACCUGGGCAGAAAUCCGAAUGAAUCCCCAACCAACCACGGCGCAAAGCUUACUAAAGGGUUUACAAUCAAAAGAGCUCAGAGGCCGUCACGUAUCGUGACUCAGAAGGACAACAUUCAUCUCUGCAUCAUGUGUCUACGUGCCAUCAUGAACUACCAGUCAGGGUUCAACCAGGUGAUGGAGCACCCAAGCUGUGUCAACGAGAUCACGCUCAGCCUCAACGACAGGAACCCCAGGACCAAAGCCCUGGUUCUGGAGCUGCUGGCAGCUGUAUGUUUGGUGAGAGGAGGCCAUGACAUCAUCCUGUCCGCCUUUGACAACUUCAAAGAGGUGUGUGGAGAGAAAAGGCGCUUUGAGAAGCUAAUGGAAUAUUUUCAGAAAGAAGAAAGCAACAUUGACUUUAUGGUGGCCUGUAUGCAGUUCAUCAACAUUGUGGUCCACUCAGUGGAAAACCUGAACUUCAGGGUCUACCUUCAGUACGAAUUUACCCAACAUGGCCUGGAUUACUACUUGGAGCAAUUGAAGUUUACAGAGAGCGACAGGCUGCUGGUCCAGAUCCAAGCCUAUUUGGAUAACGUGUUUGAUGUGGCAGCUUUGCUGGAGGACGCAGAGACCAAGACCACUCUGCUGAAUCACAUAGAGCAGCUGCAGGAGCUCAACACGCAGCUGAGCUCCAAGCAUCAGGAAACUGAGAUGGAGGCGAUGCAGAAAGUCUCCGAGCUGGAGAAGAACCUCAUUCAGUCCUGCAAAGAGGUGGACCCCUUAAAGCCAGAUCAAGCAGGAGACGGACAUGAAUCCUCUGAAGAGCUGAAGGAGCUGGAGCUGAGGGUUCAGGCUCUGGUAGAGCAGGGCCUCCUUCGAAUGGACCGCGGCCCCUCUGGUGAGCUGGUCUUUCAGGUGGUCCAGCGGGAGUCACAAAGAGACACUGUCAGUGAUCAAAUAGACGGUACUUCAACCUCCCCACAAUCUCCAACCACAGCACCACCAAAGUUUCAACCUCCUCUGCCUCCUCCUCCCCCACCACCGCCUCCUGGAAGCGCUGUGGUGCAGCAGACAGUAGGGGGCUCAGACAAACAGAAGAAGCCCAUUCAAACCAAAUACCGCUUGCCGCUGUUCAACUGGGACGCUCUGAAAUUAGACCAGGUGGAGGGAACCAUCUUCAGCGAGCUGAACGACCAACAUGUCUUGCAGGAGCUGGAUAUGGAAGCUUUUGAAGAACAGUUUAAGACUAAAGCUCAGGCCCCUCCGGUAGAUCUGGGCACCCUGAAGAGGAAAAUGGCCGGGAAGACUCCCAGCAGAGUAUCUCUAAUGGAGCCCAACAGGGCCAAAAACCUGGCCAUCACUCUGCGCAAGAAAUGUGUGGCUACUUCAGACAUCUGCAGCGCCAUUGAGACGUACGACCAGCAAGCUUUGAGUCUGGACUUCCUGGAAUUGCUGGAGCGUUUCAUCCCCACUGAGUACGAAAUGAAGCUCAUCCAAACCUAUGAGAGCGAAGGUCGGUCGCUGAACGAGCUCAGUGAAGAGGAUCGCUUCAUGGCGCGCUUUGGCAAGAUCCCAAGGCUUUCCCAGAGGAUCAGCACACUGACCUUCAUGGGUAACUUCACAGAAAGCGUCCAGAACAUCCAGCCUCAGCUGGACGCCAUUAUUGCAGCCUCAAUGUCUGUCAAAUCAUCCAUAAAGCUGAAGAAAAUCUUGGAGAUCAUUUUGGCGUUUGGAAACUACAUGAACAGCAGCAGGCGAGGGUCAGCAUACGGCUUCCAUCUGCAGAGUUUAGACUUGCUACCGGACACUAAAUCAACAGACCGCAGACAUACGCUGUUGGACUUCAUUGUCAGAAUCAUCCGGGAAAAAUACCCGGAUCUGCAGAAUUUCUACACUGAACUGCACUCCCUGGACAAGGCAGCGCUCGUAUCCUUUGACAGCAUCCUGAGGAAUCUGAGAGCUCUGGAAAGAGGCAUGGAGCUGACCAGGAGCGAGUUCUCAGCAGAAGAAGAGAACCCUGUCCUGAAAACGUUUCUGGACACCAACUCUCCACUUCUUGACUCUCUGACAGCCAAAGAAAAGACUGUCCAGGAUACAUAUGAGUCGGUCGUGGCGUACUUUGGAGAAGAUCCCACAAUGACUCCGCCCUCUGAGUUCUUCUCUGUUUUUAUCCGGUUCAUAAGAGCGUACAAGCAAGCUGAGCAAGACACCAAGGACACAGAGAAACGACAACAUCCAACCUGUAACGAUCACUCAGCUCCUCCCAAACCGGAACCUCCGAGGAACAUGACUCCUCUUAUGUGCAGACAACCUCAGAUGGAUCUGAUCGCAGAGCUGAAGAGGAAGCAGGGGUCUCCUUUGGUGAGGGAGGGGAAAGAUGGCACCAUUGAGGACAUCAUCACUGAUUUAAGGAAUCAGCCAUACAGACGGACAGAUGGUUCCCGUCACAGCUCCAGGGGGAGACCAGGCCAACAGCUUCAAGUAUCUUCAGACAUCUCCCUCUGAACUCUGGAGCUAUGAGUAGAAGUUGUUUAACAAUGAAGGAAACCUUUCGUCCUGUUCUCAUGUCAUGGUGGAAACAAAAAAGAAAAGAAAUCCCAGCUGCAGCUCUGGAGACUUCUCCUGCUUCUCACAGUGAAAGUGGCAGCAGAAAUGUUUGCCUACCUUAUAUAAUCAAAUGCAGAAGCUUGAUGUUGAUACUGGAUGUCAUCCGAGCUCUUCAGGACAAUUUACAAAGCAAGCAGCACAGCUGAGAUCCAACACAGAAAUGUCUUCUGUGACUCAGAUAUAUCAGAACCAGAAGAAGAAACUGAAUCAUAAAGGAAGAACUUGACCAAGAGUCCACUCAGAAAUAUGUUUUAGCUAUAAUUGUCGCUGCUGUUCUUUGUGUCUUUGUCUGUGGUAGUUUAUAUAUAUAUAUAUAUACAUAUAUGGAUAAAUGAGCUUAAGUAUAAGCUCAUUUAUCCACGUAUUUAUCUCUUUCUCUUUAGUGUUGGAACAAAUAAAGUAUUUUAUACUGCUGCCA